UGGGCUGGGCCGGGGACUGAGGGGUGUUUUUCCUCAGCAGCAUCCUUUAAAGAUCUUGUGACAUCGCAUUAUUUGCUGAAAGAUGCUCAGGGCGGAUGACAUGCUGCGUACAUGGGGGAUGAAGUAAUGGGAUCAUGAAAACAACUGAAAUAGAAGCUGCUGCUGCUGCUGCUGCUGCACCUGCACGGGGAAGGAAAACCUGCUGACCCCACCCGAUCAACCCGGCUUUCUAAGGUGGGAAAUAUGCUUUUUAAUCUUUGAUCGAAAUGUCUAAAGGGAAGAGCUGCGAAGCGGUGAGGGUGGUGGUCCGCUGCCGGCCUUUGAGCCGAAAAGAGGAGGCGACGGCGGGUGAAAACAUCUUGGAUAUUGAUGACAAACUGGGGCAGAUUACCAUCCGUAACCCGAAAGCACCACCUGAUGAGCCAAUGAAAGUAUUCACGUUUGACUCCGUCUAUGGCUGGGAGUCCAAACAAAACGAUAUUUAUGACGACGCUGUGAGACCUCUCGUGGAGUCCGUGCUUCAUGGCUUCAACGGGACUAUUUUCGCGUAUGGUCAGACUGGGACAGGUAAAACACACACCAUGCAGGGGGUUUCAAACGACCCAGAAAUGAGGGGGGUUAUACCGAACUCAUUCCAGCACAUUUUCACUCAAAUCUCCAGGACUCAGAAUCAGAAAUACCUGGUGAGGUCAUCCUACCUGGAGAUCUACCAGGAGGAAAUCAGAGAUCUGCUGUGCAAAGACAACAACAAGAAACUGGAACUGAAAGAGAGUUCAGACUUUGGUGUUUACGUGAGAGAUCUGUCCUCCGUGGUGACGAAGAACGCCACCGAGAUUGAACACGUCAUGAACCUGGGAAACCAGUCCAGGUCUGUGGGGUUCACCAACAUGAAUGAGCGCAGCUCUCGGUCUCAUGCCAUCUUUGUGAUAACCGUGGAGUGCAGCGAAGUAGGACCAGAUGGUGAGGACCACAUCCGGGUGGGGAAGCUGAACAUGGUUGACCUUGCUGGAAGUGAACGUCAAAGCAAGACAGGCGCCAAAGGGAAGCGUCUCAAAGAAGCAGCCAAGAUCAACCUGUCCCUUUCUGCGCUUGGGAAUGUCAUCUCAGCUCUGGUGGAUGGAAAGAGCACCCACGUCCCAUACAGAGACUCCAAACUCACCCGUUUGCUCCAGGACUCUCUGGGUGGCAACGCCAAGACAGUCAUGAUCGCAACAGUGGGCCCAUCGCACAAGAACUUUGGAGAAUCCCUGGCCACCUUAAGGUACGCGAACAGAGCCAAGAACAUAAAGAACAAACCUCGGAUCAACGAGGAUCCGAAAGACGCCCUUCUUAGGGAGUUCCAGGAGGAGAUCGCACGGCUGAAAUCGCUGCUGGAGGAGCGAGGGAUGCUGGCAAAGGAGAGGAGGAGGAUGAAGAGGAACAGCAAAAGACUGAGUAAGAGUUUGGUUGGUGUGGAGGAGGAGAUGCUAAAAGAGAUAGAUGCGUGGAAGGCGGCCGAAGAGGAACCCCAGGUGAAUUAUCGCAAGAAAGAGGGGAGUGACAUCCCGAAAGUUCUGACCUGCCAGGGAAGCAGUGAGAAGUUAAAACACAUGAAUGAAAACAGGAAGAGCAUAGUGGACAUGCAGUGGGAUCAGGAUGCUUUGGAGAAGAUCAUAGAGAAAUACAAGGCUAUGGAGAGCAAACUGUUAGUUGGGGGGAAGACAAUAAUCGAUCACACCAAUGAACAGCAAAAGAUGCUGGAGCUGAAGAGGCAGGAAAUUGCAGAGCAGAUAAGACGAGAGAGAGAGAUCCAGCAGGAGAUGAUGCUUCAGGACGAGGAGACGUUAGAAAUGAUGGAGACAUUCUCCUCCAUGCAGCAGGAGGUGGAACUUAAGACAAAGAAGCUGAAGAGGCUGUAUGCCAAACUACAGCUGGUGAGGGCGGAGAUGAAAGAUGUCAUCGAUGAACACGUCACAACCAGACAGGAGCUGGAACAGACACAGACUGAACUCACCAGAGAACUCAAGUACAAAUAUCUCUUGAUUGAGAACUUUAUUCCUCCUGAGGAAAAGAACAAGAUUAUGCACAGGCUUCAGUUUGACAGUGAGGAGGAUCAGUGGAGACUCCAACCGGUCCUCCCAUCAGAGAGUCCACCCACUCAGGUCAGAAGACGACCUCUCUCAGCUGUGGGAUACAAGAGGCCAAUCAGCCAAUAUGCACAGAUGGCUGUUGCCUCUGCAAGCGGGGCCCCAUCGAGAUACCAGGCUGAGAAUAUAAUGCUGUUGGAGUUAGACAUGUCCCCACCAACCAUGUACACCUUGAAUCUUAAUGGCACCCACCUGGAGAGAGCCUUUUCUCCCAGACUGGUGAGGGACCUUCUGGUUAAUGUUCCCAUUAGAGAGAGGAGGGCUGCGUCGCCACGGGUCAGGAAAUCCCAAUCCUGGUAUCAAGCACCACAAGCAGCAUCCAUCUCAUCUUCAUCAUCAUCCACCAAUCUGACAUCAGGAUCUCAGAGACAAAGACCAUCCUCUGCUGCCUUUCUUCCAACAGGAGGUCAUGUUGAGACAAGCCCCUGAUAUGUGGGACAACACAACCAUACAAAUUGCUGGCUUUACUUCAAUGUGGCACAAAAAAGGGACCAGACUGGCUAAGGGGAACCUGGGGGGGAGGGGGGAUCUUGUGGCUUGAUUCAAGAUUAUUACACAGCUGUUUUAAUUAAUUAAUUUAAAAAAUAAUAAUUUAACAAGAAUGUAUUUAAAAGUUGAAUGACAUUUUUUUUUUUUUUUUGCUGCUUUUGCUUUUUGCAUAAAAAAACAAUGUUCUUUCUUCUGGUCUCAAAGAAUAGCACAGGAAAACACUUUUUCUUAAACCAGGUUGGAUGUACUGUUAAUUAUCUGGAGGAUCUAAACAGACCUCGAUUUUAAUUUUACGCCCUUUCUUAUUUUAUUUUAUUUUUUUAAAGAGAACACUUAAUCGCCUUUUCCAAAUAUAUUAAAGCCUGCGAAUUGUAUUAACUUGUUGCCAAAUCAUUGGAGGUUGAUGUUGGGAAGGUUUUAAGGGCCCAAACCAACUUCUGCUUUUUUUUUUUGGGGGGGGGGGGGGCGACCUGGUUUAGCCUGUAUGCUUGAUGAAUUGUUGCUUCAAGUAAAAGCUAAUGUAAUCGUGAGCCAAAAAGAAAUGUGGAAAAAAAAAUGGCAAUGCACUCUGGAUUAGCUGCCUUAUUUUUCAUAGUUGUGAAAUCGUGCAAAGUCCAUUUGCUUAUACAUUAAAAAUAAACUGACUAAAA